AUGCCUAAAGCAGCUGACUUUGAAGGUACCCCAGGUGAUCCACGUACUUUAUUGGAGAACAAAUCACUUAGGCUUAUCGAAAAAGGCCCGGACAGUGAAGGCCAGUAUGUCGCAUUGAGUUAUUGCUGGGGGAAAGCUUUGGCAUUCACCACAACCUUGAAAGAUCUCGACAAGUACAAAAAAGACGGGGGAAUCAAGUACAAUCAGCUCCCCGAAACCAUUCGAGACGCCGUCUUUCUCACCAGAUAUCUAGGCAUACGGUACCUCUGGGCUGACUGUCUUUGUAUCAUACAAGAUGACGGAGAAGACUGGGAGACAGAGGCUUCUCGGAUGGCUGAUGUGUACAGCAACGCGUAUCUGACCAUCGCUGCGACACGUGCCAGUCAUUGUGGCGAGGGCUUCUUGCACGCACGUAAACUGAGAGGAGAGACUAUCAUCUCUUUUGAAGACGACAAGGGCUCUUUCGACCUUUACUUCCGUUACGACGAUUUGAUGUGGUCUCCUGGCUCCAUGGAGUCUAUCACUGACGAGUCAAUCACGAUGCGGCGGGUACAGCUCACCUUUCUGAUGAUUCGCACAGCGUUCCGACAAGCUAAUGUGAAACAGGAAGAGCCCCUCCUAAGCCGCGGCUGGGUACUUCAAGAACGAAUUCUUGCAACACGCACCUUGCAGUUCACAAGCUACAACAUGCGCUUAGAGUGUUCGAAGCAAGUCUUCACUGAGCCCCAAUUCGUCGACAAAUACGGCACCGCGAAAGAGACGUCAUUGGAAAGGAUAGCACAGGGGCUUGAAAGUAUCAAGAACGCGACUACCGCAGGCGCUCAGCAGAUACAGGUUCCGGCAGUCAUCGGGAGGUCCUAUGGAUGGCGCGUAUGGGCCCGCAUGAUUGAGGACUACACAUCGCGCAAUCUGAGCUAUGCGUCCGACAAAUUCCCCGCCCUAGGUGGCGUUAUCUCAGCCCUACAGGUGCUCACUGGCGACACCUGCUUCGCUGGCAUUUGGAAGAGCUGGUUUCUACAAGGUCUACUUUGGCGCUUGCAGGAUCCCAACUGGGAUGAGUAUGUCUUUUUCCCGAAGGAACCACAGAGGGCCAUCCCUUGGAGAGCACCCACAUGGUCAUUCGCGUCUGUCGAAGGAGUCGUGUUAUAUCUACUCGAGGAAAAUUUCGACCAAGGACUGUGCGCAGAACUGCUGAGCUGCGAAGUCACGCCUAAGGGUAAAAACCCCCUUGGAGAACUUACAGACGGAUUCGCCAAGAUCAGAGGACCGAUUGCUGCUGUCUCUGCUGUAUUACCGGAUUUAUCGCUUAACGGCAGAGAGUGCAUGGUCAGCAUGACAAACGGUAGGCUUGCUGAAGCCAGUAUAUACUUUGACAUCGAAGUGUACGACUCUUGCCAAGUCUUCAUGAUCACUCCUCACCUGGGUGUUGCCGUUAUACCGACCGACAUCGCCGAAGGGACAUACACAAGAGUUGGGGUGGUCUCGGUGUACAGAGUCUUUGACCCAGGCAGCGACACUCGAAGUCGCGGUAGGCGGGCACACGAGAACCGCGACAGGUCGAUCACGUCGUCUCACUACCCUAGUCCGAAGAUCAUCACCCUGCUGUAA